AUGGAAGAAGACAGGUUGGGGAUGAACGUUAGCGGUGAUGUUGCUGAGUUGGAAAAGGAUGAUAAAGGUCUAAUUGGAAUAUCAAUUGGCGGUGGAGCACCUUACUCUCCAUGUCUUUAUGUUGUACAGAUAUUUGACAACUCACCAGCAGCAAAGGAUGGGCGAAUUAAGGCUGGAGACGAAAUAUUUAGUGUUAAUGGAAUUCCAGUGAAAGGAGAGAAGAAGACUGCAGUUGCAGCAAUGAUAAAAAAGGCUGGUAAAGAAGGUUACACAUUGGAUAUAUCAUUGAAGAAGAUGAAGCAUCGGGUAGUAGAGUCGAUGAAUGCAGACACAGCGGAUGCAUUGGGUUUAUCUCGGGCGAUACUUUGCAAUGAUCCACUGGUCAAGAAACUUAACCGGCUGCAGCACAGUACCACUGUUUACAAAAAACUGAUUGAGCAUAUGACAGCUCUAAUCAACUCACUGUACCAUGUUGCCCGCUCUCAGAAAGAAUUUGGGGAUUUAUUUUGUGAGAUUGCAACUCGAGAAAGCUUUUCAUCAGCUAACAAAACUUUUGGGAUUUUUGGUGAAGCUCAUCGUUCAAUUGAGAAGCAAACUGUCAAAUCUUUGCAUGCGAUUAUUCGAGACUUAAAUAUAUUUGUUGAGAAAGCUAUACCAGACACAAGAUUGACUUUAAAAAAAUAUUUGGAUGUCAAGUUUGAGUAUCUAUCAUUUUGUCUAAAACUGAAAGAAAUGGAUGACGAAGAAAUUCAAUCGUCUUCAAUCGGCGAACCACUCUACAGGGUGGAAACUGGAAAUUAUGAAUACAGGUUGAUGUUGAGGUGCCGACAGGAAAGUCGAAUGAAGUUUAUUAAAUGGAGGAAUGACGUUAUGAUAAAGCUGGAGCUACUGGACCAGAAACACGUUCAAGACAUUGGGUCUCAAUUGUCAACCUUCGUUCGUCUUAUGUUAACGACCUAUGACAAUUGCCGUACUAUAAUUGAACCUACUAAAGGACUCUUUCCUAUUGAAGUUGAUCUCUAUGACGAAGAAGAGAAUAAUCAAGUUAGCAGUGGACCGUCGGAAGUUCAAAACGACAACUUUGCCGACGAGUCGGUAGUGGCUGAUGGUCGUGAGGAGAAUUUGUUGGAUCUAGCUUAA